CUCUUUCUCUCGCAUACAUAAAUACGUACGAGAAAGAAAGAGAGAGAAGUCUGUUGAUGCGACGUUCGUAACGUUCGUAACAUACAUAUUUAUUAAUAGCUUUAAAAUGAGUUGAGUAAUCAAAAAUCAAAAUUAUAGUUAUCGGCACGGAUAUUGAGCUCUCGGUGGAAGAGUGGGGGUCGCUCUUUAAUGUUACAAAUUUUAUCAAUGUACGUUGAUAUAAUAAAUAAUAGGUACAGAUACAUAUUUUAUCAUCCCACCAUCUCGGAAAGAGUAGUUUUACCCUUUGAUAUUCAGAUCGCUCAGGCGCAAAAGCCGUUUUUAUCCUUUAGAGCGGCAAAGUGAUUUGAAUUUAGAACAUCAUGCAAUACUCCAUUUGUGACAAUCUUGAUAAGACUUUUCAAACAAAUACAUAUUAAACAAAUAAAAUACUGCUUAAAAUUAUUAUUCAAUUAAUUAAGUAAUUUUUAUUAUUGUUUUUACAUAGAUUUUUAACCUCGUUUCAUUUUUAAACUGAGUUAUCAAAUAAAUGAACUUUAAUAGGCACUUCUUUUUAACUCGAUACUCAUAUGCGCGCCAUUUUGUUUUUUUGCAUUUAGUAAUUUCCUCGAUGAGGUGGGAUGAAAAGUUACGUGUUGCAAUCGAGUGCAAAGAUUUUUCACCUUGUGCUCUUUUGAUUCCCUCGCUAUCGCUCAGGAUUCUAAUUACUGAAUUAAAUUUGAAAUUACAUUUUAGAAUCCUUCGCUUGCUCGGUCAUCAAAAUUGAGCACGCGGUUAAAAAGCAACUUUGCACUCUUGUAUAACAAAUAACUAUUGUUGGAAGAUCAUUUUAGAGCAUGUCACAAAUAAAAUUGAUGAGCCGCGCCGGGCGCGUGGUCUCCGGCGCCACGGCGGAGCUCGGGGAGACCCUGGCGGUGCAGUCACAAGCGCGACACACCCCUAUCAGGACCAUGUGCUGCUCAAACGAGAAGACCCUCACUAUGGAAAACCUAAAUCCCAAGAUUAUAAAGCUGCAGUAUGCAGUGCGUGGACCUCUUGUAGCACGAGCUGCAGUCAUUAAAAAGGAACUUGAAAAGGGAGCGAAGAAGCCAUUCAAGACUGUGAUAAAUGCAAAUCUGGGAGAUGCGCACGCUAUGCAGCAGAUACCCAUCACCUUCAUCAGACAGGUCAUUGCUUGUGCGGUUUACCCUGACCUGAUAAAAACUGCAGACUUUCCAGACGAUGUUAAAGAAAGAGCUCAGUCGAUACUGAAAGCAUGUGCUGGUCAAAAGUCAGUGGGCGCAUACUCAUCAUCGUACGGCAUGGACAUGAUUCGAAACCACGUGGCGGAGUACAUCGAGUGUCGAGACGGUCACCCCGCUAAAUGGGAGAACGUCGUCCUGUGCGCCGGCGCAUCCAGCGGCAUCAAGCACUGCCUCGAACUGUUCUGCAACAAAGUCGACGGCAAGGACACCGGAGUGCUGAUCCCGAUCCCUCAGUACCCGCUGUACUCGGCAACAUUGGCGGAGUACGGACUGGGACAGGUGGGCUACUACCUGGAUGAGAACAAUGGCUGGGUACUAGAUGUGGCGGAGCUGGAGCGGGCUAUGUGCGAUGCUAGCGACAAGUAUGCAGUACGAGCCCUCGUCGCCAUCAACCCCGGGAACCCCACUGGGCAGGUGUUGAAACGAGAAAACAUAGAAAAAAUCAUAAAGUUUGCCAAAGAGAAUUCUUUGAUGAUAUUCGCAGAUGAAGUGUACCAGGACAACGUAUACGCCAAGGGCAGCAAGUUCUAUUCUUUCAAGAAGGUGAUGACGGAGAUGGGUGCCCCGUACAACACGGUGGAGCUGGCGUCGUUCAUGUCCAUCAGCAAGGGCUACAUGGGCGAGUGCGGGCUGCGCGGCGGCUGGAUGGAGCUCUGCAACCUCGACCCCGACGUGCAGGCCAACCUCUACAAGGCCAUCUCCGCCAUGCUCUGCCCAAGCACGAUUGGACAGAUUGUCGUCGAUUGCAUCGCGCGGACGCCGGCUCCGGGUGACCCUUCCUACGAGCAGUUUGAGUGCGAGAAGUCCAACACGCUGGACUCGCUCGCCAAGAGAGCUAAGAUGAUCGUCGAAACCUUCAACAAGAUGGAAGGCUUCAAGUGUAACGUUGUACAGGGCGCGAUGUACGCGUUCCCGCGCAUCCAGCUGCCCAAGCGCGCCGUGGAGGAGGCGAAGAAGGCCGGCGUGCCCGCCGACGGCUUCUACGCCAAGCGCCUGCUCGAGGAUACCGGUAUCUGCAUAAUCCCCGGGUCUGGCUUCGGACAGAGUCCCGGCACAUACCACUUCCGCACCACCAUCCUGCCGCAGCCGAAGCUGCUGAAGGAGAUGCUCGUCAUCUUCCAGGCCUUCCACCAGAAGUUCACCAAGGAAUACGCGUAAACGAUUAUCUUGUUCUCCUGAUGAGAAUAUUUGUAUAGAUGAACGUAACCAGAAACACGUAGGUAGGUAUUUUAACAGGUCGUGAGUUUUAUACGUAUUUGUCUAUCUGACCGCACCAACCAGGUUAUAUUUUACAUAUUACCCCUUAGUGAGCCUGGUCAACGGAAUACCACACCAACUUUUACUAUAAAUUUGUUAAAACAUAAAAAAGUCAACUAGAUACCUAAUUGAAAUAAUCUAAAAAGUACGUUAUGACGUUUAGGUUUAGUAUCAGGGUUGACAAUUAUUGAUUCCCGAUUUCCUGAUAAACGAAUUCACGGUAAAAUAUAUUAUGCGAAUAUCGAGGGUUAACUAAGAAAAAAUAACUAUUUAUGUGAAUUUCCCGCUGUCAAUAGCAUCUCCCGUUGCGCUCUCGAUGCACACUGACCACUUCAUCGCAUCAAUUCUUGAGUUAAACUCUGGUGUACCAUCACUUGAGCUAUCGUCUAACGCCAGGCAUUAUUAUAAUGCCAUUGUGAAAUUAUCCCGUUAAGAUGUGGCUUCACCUAUGGCCAAUGUCCUUUAUCGCGAUAAUGAAUGGCAUUUCCCGUUAGUAUUGCCCCAGCAAUUAAGAUGUCACUCAAAAAUUGAGAAUUAUGCUAUUUCAAACUGUGACAAGAUUUCUAUUCCAUAUCUUGUUUCAUGAGUCAAAUAUAACGUACUUUUUAAAUUAUUUCAAUUUAUUGUAAGUUGUGGGCAUGAAGGUAUCUCCACAUGACCGCGGACUGAUGAACGCUGCGGCACUAAAUCAUUAUUUCGUGGAUGCGGCUUCAUGCAGUGACUUAGCCAUGAGGUUCUUCCUGUUAGCGGCAAUGCAAUAUUUUUCUCUAGAUAAGUGGUCGUCACACUUCUAUGAUAAUGUGUGGCAUCACUGCGAGUACCUGCUGCCCACAUACUUUUAGACUGUUUAGUAGACCACAAGUAAACAGAUCUGACUUAUUUAAUAUAAAUUGUCAAAAGUGAUUGUCCCAAAGAUAAAUCAAUUUUAUAAUUUUUAUUUAUUUAUACUGAAUUAUAGCUAGGAACAGGCGUGAAAACAUAUCUUUAAUGAAAUAGAUGAUAAAUGUAUUGCCUACAUCGUAUCUAUAAUGAAAAUAUGGGAAUUAUAUUAUAUAAACUUA